AUGUCAUCUCCCUUCUUAGUUGAUAACAUUUUGCAUCAACAGAAGGCCGCUAAUUUUCACAACCAAUACAUUAACCACCAGCUAGAGAACUACGUUCUGCAAAGACAAGAAUACGAACGUUCCAGAGAGAAUUCUCCAGAAAUGGACGAGGCAAAGAUCACAGAAGAACACGAGAGCAGACGUCGUGAAUCAAUCGACGAAUCCAAAAUUGAGAAUGACGAAGAUUCCAAGAGCAGAGACGAAGAAGAAGCAUUUAAUCUAAAAAACGAAACUGUAUAUUACAAUAACGACUACUAUGCGAGAACUGAAGAUGUGAGGAAUACGGAAAAGGAAGUUUUAAACAUACCGACCCUUACCCGACGCUGUCAAAGCUGCGGAGCGUUUGAUUGUCCUCCGUACACCUGUAAAAAAUCGGGUAUACGACGCUUAGAAGAAUUGGAAAAGCGUUUCAAUCUACACAACUACCAGGAGAACUCGGGCGAUGAAGCCGAUGGUUGUAAAGAUGGAAAGCCUUAUAGUACGGAAGACAUAGUUAGAAGUUGCGAGGAGUAUAAUGAACAGAAGAAGCCGCCACUCAAGUUCAGUGUUAGUGCCAUUUUAGGCGAUAGAGAUGACACGAUAAGAAAUAGCAGUAUUAACGGUAAGUAA